AUGAAGACCCUCGCCCUCACCCUCGUCACCCUGCUCCUACAGGGGAAAAGCCUGCAGGCCAAAAUGUACCGCCAGAACAUCCUCACCUUCGAGGUGAGCCCCGACGCACGCGUCACCGGGCAGAAAAUCGAGUACAACGAUCCGGACUGCGACCCGGGCAUGCACUGCGUCGUGACCAAGACCUGCGCGGCCCCCGGCACCGGCCCCACGCUCAGCGCGGACAAGAAGUACUUCGCCUGCUGCCUGGCGGGCCAGCGGCUGCUCGGGAGUCCCGAGACGGCGUUUGACUGCUGCGCCGAGGGCCAUGAUCUGGCGGGCUCGGCGCAGACGGGCUACCACUGCUGUCCGACGGGGUAUACCUUUGACGGGGCGCAGUGCAAGCAGGUGUGCAAGAACGGGAAGCAGCUCGUGAACGGGCAGUGUGUUUGCCCCGAGGGGACGAGCGAGGCGGCGGACGGGGCUUGCCAGACGAGUCAGAAGGCGAUUUGUUCGUCUGGGCUGGAGACGGGAAAAUGCUACACCCUCACGGCCGAAAACGGCAACCGGCUGGGCCUGCGCAACGACGGGGUGUACUACGCCGCGCCGGACAGCAUGGUGCAGCGGUACGGCAAGUUCCAGCUCUGCGCGGACGAGAAGUGCACCGCGGGCAAACCCGUCAACCCCUCGGACAAGACCUUCAUCAAGGAUCUGUACGGGGACGUCGCGACGGGCGCCAACGCGGGGCAAUGGCUCAACAAUGCGCAGAACGGGGCGCAUAUCGGGCGGACGCCGACGUUCGCCAACGCGGGCCAGUUCGCGCUGAGCAAGUGGCCCUGUGGCAAGUACUGCCUGGGCGGGUUCACGGCGGGCGUGGGACCGGCUUGUCCGGCGGAGAUCCCGGCCAUGACGUUCUACUCGCAGGAUCCGCAGAUGUGUGUGCCGUUUGAGUUGACCGAGGUGCCGUGUGACAUCAGGGCGGAUGUGAAUAACUGUAUCUGGAGGAAUGGGGAUCAGUGCUGCAAUAGGGUUGACUGCACUUGGAAGCUCUAG